AUGACAACCAUUCUCAAAGGAUACUACCUUAAAGUUACACUUGAGAAUCGUAUUGUUAAACACAAUGGACGUAAAGUCUAUUUGUCAAUUGUCGAACAUGGCAAUGGUAUACCAGAUAACGCUCUCAUUCUAAAGAUCACUGCAAAGUGUGCAAAAUUCUCUGUUUGUCUUUCGAUACGUUCACAGUGUGGUUGGAAAGAGCUGGACCAAAACGAAAGUGGCGAACUCACAUUCGAUCUCAAAGUAGAAGUCACCGGAAAAUCACAACGUGCACCGCUGUUCCCGCUGAUCUUCCAGCUGUGUGAGAAGAACUACGACCAGGUAGUGCUCAUCAGUAAAUCGGUGAUUCCAGUCAAGGCCAUCACAAAGAUUCCAAAGAAGUCGUUGCGCGCCGAACUCGUGCCACUGGGCGAGCAGCCACUGAAACAGCCCCAAGCCUAUUUGGCCACUGGAAGCGAAGUGUUUGCCCAGAACGAUGCGGAUGGCGCCGAAGACGAUAUGAUCGAUAACAAUGAGUAUCAGGGUGGUGACUCUGAGGGUGAGUCCGACGGAGAUCCCGACCAAGACUCAAGCGGUGACUCACCGAAAUACACACCAUCCUCCAGUUUGGCAAACUCAACGGCAUCGCUCAACCUAAACAAUUCAUCAGCCACCAUUUCAGUUCUCCAUAAAAAUCCAUCGGUCAGUGCAAUUCUACCACCAUUACCUUUGCAAUCUGCAAUACUUGACAAUCAAAAUAACAACAAUCAAACCAAUAGCAACAACAGUAGUCAAUCACAACCAUCUUCAUCACAACCAUCACCUGUGUUUUUGAAUCAUUCCUCAUCAAACUCACCAAUUCUUGCACCGGCAAUGUCGUUGUCCUCCAGUUCACAAUCUAUUCUCACACAUGGACAUCAUCUUCCGUCGGGUAUGACACUCCCCACAAUGCACAACCAAUCACAACAUCACCAUCUCAUCCACAUGCUAUCACCACGUCACUCCACAUCGAACCUCAUCUCUUCUUCACAUUCCAUACCUACAUUGAUCAAUCCAACUCCAUCGUCUUCACCAAGUCUCUACAACAACAACGCAAGUAACAGCAACGGUACCCAACAACAUGCUACUUUUACCAACAAUAUUGGAGACAUCAUGAAUGGAACCAACGGUAACUCGGCCAAGAAGAGAAGAUCCUCAAAUAACAGUCUCUCUGUUUCGUCGGCAACACUAUCGACCUCCACUUCUGAGCCGUCACUCAUCUCACAUUCAUCAACCUCGUCAAGAUCAAUGCUGACCUCCAGCACACCAGUGUCGCCAGUCACCCAGAGAAUUGCGCCACUCAAAACACUCGACUCUGUCAAAUCCACACCAACCUCACCUACCAACAGUGACCUUGAGCCACUCACAUUCCUUUCGACACUGGCAACCAUGGGAAGUAACACACUCUCGUCCAUCCUCUGUAAAGAUGACUCUUCAUCAUCAAAUAACAAUAACUCUGAAGAGUUGUUGCCAGUUCCACCCUCAUCCUCAUCUUCAUCUUCAUCAUCCUCAUCUAAAUCAUCAAAUCAACAACAACAGAAAUUCAUGAAUUCAUCUAGUAACAAUGUUAUUAACGGUGCAUCUUCAUCAAUCAGUUCAAUCGGUGCAUCUAUCACUAACGCUAUCAACUCUAUGAAUUCAUCACUUAACUCGCAACAUCACCAUUUACAUCAACAACAUAACUUCAACAACAACAACAACAAUAAUAAUAAUAAUCGUCAACAUAGCAACAACAAUAUUUCAUCAAUUACAAACAGUAAGAAUAACAAUAGUUUUUCAUUUACUAAUUAUGUUGGUCCUGUUGUUGCAUCUUCAUCUGCCAACGGUGUCGGUCAUCACCACACAUCAAUAGAUCAUCCAUCUUCAUCGUCGUCACCAUCAUCUUCACCACCAACCAUAUCACCUUCAUCUUCAUCGUCGUCACUCUCAUCACUUUCUUCACCAACAUCCAACUCAACAUUACCACAUCUUCAACAGCACUCACUUCACUUUCACCAACAACAACAACAACCAAUGUCGUGGCGUUCAACCACACCACCAUUAUCAAACUCAAGCUCCUCUACACCAACAUCGCUCAACUCUUCAGCCUCUUCAUUACCCCGAUUGAAUUUGUCAUCUCAGACCUCGCCACCACUCUCUGGAAACACGACACCAACAUCACCCAAACAACUACCGUCGCUCUCCAUGCUGUCGCCACGUCAUUUCUUGUCGCCAAACAACAACGUUGGUUCACCAUCUUCAUCAUCGUCAUCAUCGUCAUCAUUGGAAAACCAACCAGUCAAGAGAAAGAACAGUAGUAGUAAGAAUAAUAAUAACAAUAACAAUAACGAUGAUGACGAUAUAGAUUAUGAUUAA